UUUUUUUCUCUAUUUUACUUUGAAAACUGACGAAUGGUUAAUGGAGUGUAGUGUAUAGUUUGCUUCAGGCACUUUCGUGCUUUAUCGUUAUCGGUUAUUUAUUAUCGUCUUUCAUAUCCUGUUGUGUUGUUACCGUUUACCAUACACUGCCGUACUCUCCUUAAAAGCAUGUGAAAUGUCUGUUUCACGAUCGUGUGUAAUGUUAAUAUUAAUAAAUAAAAAAUAAUAUUUGUUUAGGUAAUUGAAACAGACUUGGUUUACGAAGUAUUCCGCUCUCAACUGCUAGAAAUUCCGAUUAAUUAUGUGAGGUGAAUCAGCCUGUGGUGUGAAUAAUAAUUGAUGGAAUUGCCUAUUUUUGUGGUGGUUUCACCAAUAUGAAUUCAAAUCACAUAUGUUGGUAGCUAUCUACGAGUGAAGCGAAUACUCUUUACGAAUACCCGAGACAACUCUACGUAAAAAAAAAAUCGCACAUCAAGUGAUAAAAGAGGAGAUAUCUUAUCAGUGGAGGAAUACAAAUGGUUUGAGUUAGCAUUCGUUUGUGGCUGUUAGUGUUUGUUGCUACAGCAAGCGGUCGUUCGCGAUUGUUAUAGCCACCGUCAGUUGAUUGUUAGCAGUGCUAAAUUUGGAACUUGCAAGUAAAGUGAAGAACACACCUCAAUCGUGUCAAUAAUGCAACUGACGUUAAAAUGACGAUGGGAAACAUGCGACCACUGAAGAUCACAACUGUCGGAGACGGAAUGGUCGGGAAAACAUGCAUGCUUAUUACAUACACACAAAACGAAUUUCCGAGUGAAUAUGUACCGACGGUGUUCGAUAAUCAUGCUUGCAACAUUUUAUUAGAUGAAAAAGAAUAUGCUUUAACCCUUUGGGAUACAGCAGGACAGGAGGAUUAUGAAAGAUUACGUCCUCUUAGCUACCCUAAUACUGACUGUUUUCUUAUAUGUUAUUCCAUAUCUAGCAAAACAUCAUUCGAUAACGUGCUUUCUAAGUGGUACCCUGAGAUAAGACAUUUUGCACCAAAUAUCCCCAUUGUGCUUGUUGGUACUAAAAGUGAUCUUCGGGUGCAUGGAUCAGAAAAGUUUGUGACUACAGCUGAAGGUAAAAAACUGAAACACAAGAUAAAGGCUUACUCACUAGUUGAAUGCUCUGCAAAAAAGAAGCUUAAUCUCGGUGAUGUGUUUGAUGAAGCCAUUCGUGCUGUUGAAAAAAAGCCCCACGCUAGACCACGUGUUUGUGCAAUACUUUGAGAAUGUAACUAGGGUUUUACCAACAAAAUUCACUACAUACCGUUAGCUUAGGGCCAGUGAUGAUAGGUUUUCUACUUAAAGUUAAUUAAAAAAGGGAUCCACAUUUAUCUUAGCUUUUUUCAAUAGUGUAUAUAUUGCGCCUUAUUCUGCAAAAGCAAAGUCGAUACAAACGCUAUUGUAUAUCAAUUUGAACUCGUGAAGAUUUCUUACCGAUGUAGUAUUGUAUUUAAUGAGAUUUUCAUAUUGGAUUUAACGUAUUGCUAGAUAGUUAUAGACGAUCCACGGAAGAAAAUCACAUUUUCAAUGUGAUGUCAAUAACUUUACAACGAUGAUAGAAUUGUAUCCUGUAACUAGUCACAUUGAUUAUAUAUGUAAUACAUUGAAUAUGUAACUCAAAUAAUAAA